AUGCUCUCUCAAUCUCAAUUUGUUUCUCUAAAUCGCAUCAACUCUUUACCUCUUUCCUCAUCAAUCUCCGUCCGGAAAAUCUUCUCCGAUUCGCUUGAUUUUCCACAUUUAGGUAUCAAUUCGUUUCCGAGAAUCAAAUUAUCGUCGCCUAAAAUGAGUUUGAAUUGUGUGGUGUCGAAUGAAGCAGAAAUAGAUGAUUUAGGAGUUGAGGAUUCUGAGCUCGACGAAUUUGCAGCAGUUGCUAACAAAUUAGCUGAUGCUGCUGGUGACGUCAUCCGCAAAUACUUUCGGAAAAGCUUCGAUAUUCUCGAUAAAGAAGAUUUGAGUCCGGUAACGAUUGCUGAUCAAUUGGCGGAGGAAUCUAUGGUGAAGAUAAUCCAAGAGAAUUUCCCUUCCCAUGCAAUUUACGGAGAGGAGAGGGGAUGGAGGUGUAAAGAGGAAACUGCAGACUAUGUUUGGGUUUUAGAUCCAAUAGAUGGGACGAAGAGUUUCAUUACAGGGAAACCUGUGUUUGGCACUCUUAUUGCUCUGUUGUACAAAGGUAAACCGAUUCUUGGCAUUAUUGACCAGCCUGUACUGAGAGAGAGGUGGACUGGUUUAAGUGGGCGACGAACUACCUUGAAUGGGCAAGAAAUCUCCACACGCAGUUGUUCAAGUCUUUCAAAAGCCUACCUGUACACUACUAGCCCACAUUUGUUCGAAGGAGACGCUGAGAUUGCAUUUGCUCGUGUUAGAAGCAAGGUGAAAGUUCCACUGUACGGAUGUGAUUGCUAUGCAUAUGCCCUGUUGGCUUCUGGAUUUGUGGAUCUUGUAAUAGAGUCUGGUCUUAAGCCAUACGACUUCCUCUCACUUGUGCCAGUAAUAGAAGGUGCUGGAGGAACUAUAACCGACUGGACAGGACAACAAUUUAAUUGGAAAGCUUCUGCUGGUUCACCAGCCACAAGUUUCAAUGUAGUGGCAGCAGGUGAUAAACAAGUUCACCAACAAGCUUUGGAUGCAUUGCAGUGGCAGUAGAGGCAGCUGUGUUUCAAUUUAUAUAUAGAUGCUUCUUCAUGGUGGAGACUAAGAACAAGGUCAAUUAACUCCCUUGAGCGGAUAUCAUAGUAAUUGAUUACUUGGGACCAAGUCUCUACAUUAAUUUAAAUUGCAAACUGAAAUAUAAUGGUCCUCUGCUGUAACCUUCAAUAAGCUGUCCAUUUGGUUCAUCAGAUUA